AUGGUGGACCUCAACCUUUCCGACCUCAAUACCAUCAUCGCCCUCUUUGGUCUUUACGUCGUUCUCUACGGCAUCCUGUCGGUCAAGAUCAAGAAUGUGUGGUAUCUGGGUGAAGCAUUGUUCAACAUCUUCCCACAGCCUCACCCUUCAACUCUGACACUCUCAUCUCCAGUACCUGCCAUCAUGAUUGGCAUCUUCUUCGGUCCCAUAGCGGCAAGGUAUAUCGUUCCGGACAGAUGGGGAGGUGCAGUGCCGUAUCAGACAUCCGAAAUUACGCUGGGCUUCACGCGGGUCAUGAUUGGUAUCCAGCUCAUCAUUGCCGGCUACCAGCUGCCUGCCAAGUAUCAGCAAGCCCGCUGGAAGGACAUGCUGCUCGUCUUGAUCCCCGUCAUGACCAUGAUGUGGCUUUGCACUACGGCCUGCGUUCUCGCAACGAUCCCCAAGCUUUCCCUUUUGUCUGCUAUGGUAAUCGCCGCCUGCGUUACCUGUACAGACCCCGUGCUCUCCCAAGCAGUGGCCAAGGGCCCCUUCUCUGACAAAUAUGUUGCGCGUCCUGUCCGUGAGAUGAUUUCUUCCGAAGCUGGCCUCAACGAUGGGUUUGGCUUUCCAUUUCUCAUGCUCGCAACCUAUCUCAUGCGCCAUGCCAGUGACGUCCAAGUUGAACCCGUCGAGGGUCACGGAGGCGGGAUUCAUCCUCGAGCCGGAGACGUCGGGCGACUAGGAGGCGGCGUUGGUGUUGCCAUUAAGAACUGGGUUCUUUACACCAUGCUCUACUACGUCAUCUUGGGCGCCAUUUACGGCGCCGUAGUCGGUACCCUCGCGCGCUAUGCGUUGAAGUACUCGCUCCGGAGGAAGUGGAUUGAUAGCGAAAGCUAUCUGUUGGUUCCCAUGGCGCUUGGCCUCUUCUGCAUUGGCAGUGCUGGCCUCUUUGGCAGCAAUGAUCUGAUUGCCGCUUUCGCUGCUGGCAGCGCACUUAACUGGGAUGGAGAGUAUUUGGCUGAAACGCUUAAGCGGCACGACGAAGUCAACUCCAGUAUUGAUGUGCUCCUCAACUUUGGCGGCUUUAUCUAUCUGGGCAGCAUUUUCCCCUGGAACGAUUUUCAGUCUGAAGCUACCGGCAUCACAUAUGGUCGCCUCGUCGGGCUGGGUUUUCUCGUCCUCAUUUUCCGCCGAAUUCCAGCCAUCAUGCUCACGUACAAGCUGAUGCCGCACUCCAUCCGGACCUGGAAAGAGGCCUUGUUCGUGGGCUACUUUGGCCCCAUCGGCGUGGGCGCAGCCUUUUACAUCGAGCACACCCGACAUGUGUUCCCCAGGCUCGACGAGACCAACGACACGGAGGUCAAUGACUUGCUGCGCGCCAUGGGCCCUGUUGUGUACUGGCUCGCCUUCUUCUCUAUUGUUGUCCACGGCCUGUCGAUCCCCCUCCUCGAACGAACCUACAACUGGAUGGGCGUGCAGCCGAUCCAGGACGAUGCCGUGGAGAUGCGGCGGAAGUCGAUCCACGUCGCUGCGCCGCCCAACGCCGUCGAGGGCGACAAGGAGACGUUCAUUGCCUACAAUCGCUUCUCGCGGCCCGUCUUCAACAACUCCCAGCUACCCGACUGGCGCGACGAGUACCCGGAACCAAGACCGUCGGGUGACCUUGAGAGACGGAAGUCGGAAAGCGGGCUCUCACCAGCCCUCGCCACCCCCGCCCCGCGGCACCGCAGCCGCAGCAGGAGCACAAUACGCUUCGUGGAAAGGCGUGGGGCCAGCGUCGGGGUCUAG